GCUGCGCUGAAGAAAGCAGAUCCUUUGGCAAAGAGAAGAGAGUGGGUAGAGCUUUUAUAGCGGAUCCAUCAUACAGAAAGUCAGCUGGAGAUGGAUAUCUUCCAUAUAAUGUGCCUGAUAAGCAUCUGUUUCUGCCUUCCUUUAACCAUGGCAGUGAGCUGUUGGGUGUUUUUUGUGGUACGAAGGGAGCAGGUCCCCAUCACCUACUACACAAACCUCCUUAUCUCCAAUCUGAUCCAGUUCAGCGCGUUGAUCUUCUUCUUGAUUUUCCACUCAAACCCUGCUCUCUAUCGUUAUAUUUUUGAGGGAAUUUUGUGCUGUGCUGCGUUUGCUAAUCUUGACUUCAAGAUGUGCAUUGCUACUGAAAGGUGUUUGGUCAUCACCCGUCCACAGUGGAACUGCAUCAGACAAACUAAAGGUUCUGUGCUGCUCUCUGUUCUGGUUUGGAUCCUGUCUAUUAUCACUGUACCUCUUGCUGUAUUCUUCUAUGUGAUUUUACUCCCUGUGUUAAUUUUUUUUGCCGUCGUUCCUUUUUUCCUGUUCGUCUUCACUUUGGUUUGGACCCUCAAAACUCUGCCUGCUGCCACCUCAGUGCCCACUGAAGAAAAACAGAGAAUUGUAGAAAUCUUAGUUCUGUUGUUAGUUAAUCAUUGUCUGAUGUUCCUUCCCCUGAUCAUGCUUUAUAUUGUACCAGUUUCACUUUAUUUUCUCAUUCCUGCCCUUCUAAUCCUCGUAAAUUUAUUUCUGUUCAAUCCUUUCAUGGAUGUGAUUUUGGUUUUUCUCAUGUGGAAAGACCCCAUCGACAAUCAGCUGUUGUCUCUGUGCUGCUACACUAUGGACAACACUGCUGGAGAAGUAGCAGCAGAUAAAAUGCUACAGCUACAAUGCUGCAGUGACUGUAACAGCACAGUGCUGUACACAGCACUGCAGCAGAUGUAGCUGCACAUAAUCAGACAGGUGGUUGAUUGUAGCAUAGAGAGAGAGACAAAAGGGGACGAUUCUGUGACAGAUUUAGGUAAAUUAAGCAAACAUCAACCUUAAUAAAUGUAGUGAAGUGGACAUCUGAGAUUUAUCUUGAGAAAUUUAGAAGCACUAUUCUUAUUAAAAGCUUCAUCGGUUAUUAACCAGCUGAAUUCAGUUAAACUGG